CCAGAAAUCUGAGUUUCUUUUUCCAUGAAAGCAUAUAACAGGCAUUUUGAAGCAGGCAUCCUUAUUUUCUUCACCUUUAAUACUUAAGUUCCUAUACCGUCAGUGGGGAUACCAUGCAGUAAGCCAGUAACCCAUGUCUCAAUUCUAGGUCCAAUGGGAAAUUUCUUCAGAAAGCUGAAGGCAUUCCUGAUGGCUGACGCAAAAGAAGAUGAAGGAAAAUAUCAGUACCCAAAAACUUUGGAGGAAUUUGGCUACUACUUUAACAAAGAUGGAAAGUUGAGAGAUGUGAAAACAGAGGAGCCGUUCAAAUUUGUAGUGGAUGAAGACAAUCAUAAAUACAACCAGAAGAGAUAUGAAGCUUUAGGCAAUAUAAUAACUGAAUAUGUGUAUCAAUUACUAGAAGACAAACAUAAUCUAAAGAAAUUCACAAUUCCAGUGGAUGCGGAGCCUGAUGAGCCCACUUCUUUCUUCUACAUGUCUGAGGAUGCCCUCGACAAAGACAAACUUCUGAUCCUGAUUCAUGGCAACGGAGUGGUAAGAGCAGGACAGUGGGCCAGGAGACUGAUCAUUAAUGAUUGUCUGGACUCGGGGACACAGCUUCCUUUCAUUGACUGGGGAAUCAAGGAGGGAUAUGGAGUAAUUGUAGCCAACACUAAUUAUAACAAAGCUAAUGAUGACAACGAUGGUGAGGAAAUCAAGUGCAGUGAAAGUCCAGAGGAUCACAUGGAAUGUGUAUGGAAAAAUUUUGUACAGAAAUCUAAAGCUAGUGCCAUAGGGAUAGUGGCUCACAGUUACGGCGGAGUUGUCACACUUGAUCUGGCUAUUAGCCACAUAGAUGAGUUUUCUAAGCGAGUGUUUGCUGUGGCCUUGACAGACUCGGUCCACAGCUUUAGUCAUCAGAACGGAGAUGAACGGGUCAUCGAGUUCUACAGACAGCGUGGUAAGAACUGGGCCUCGUGUCUGGAUGAGUUAGACACCCCCCUAGAGAGCCAGUCAGAUUUCUGUCCCACGGUGGCAGCAGGUACAGACAAACAUGAAUAUACCAGCUACAGCAGCAUGCAGUCCAUUUUUAAAUUUUUGUCUGAGAAAUACAAAGAAUUGACAGAACCUUCAGAGGAGGAGAAAGAAAAGACAGAAAACUCAGAAAACAUGGCCUCUACAGAGAAAGGUUCAGAAGAGGAAGUGAUGUCACAGGAUGUAACAGCCAGUCAGAUUGAUGUAGAGAUGAACUCACAAAAUCCUGAAGAAAGUAUGAAAGAUGAACUGUGAUUGAUCAUUGAUGACUUGUGUUAAAUAUUUGUGAGAUUUUUUUUUGAGCAUUAAAUUAUAUAAUUAAUUGCAUUGCUUUAUGUUUAGUUUCAUGCAUUUUCAUACUGUGUGAUGUGACAUAACUUUACAUUUUGUCAGGAAUUAUUUGACACUGGCAUUUUUCUUUACAUUUCAGAGCUUAAAAUGGAUGUAUAUAUUAUUACAAAAUACAUUGUGUUUAUUUGAUAAUACAUAUUGUUCUUUAAUAUAGAAGUAUUUAUGUAAAUAUUUGUAAAAAAAAAAAAAAAAAAAAAAAAAAAAAAAAGAGAGAGAGAGAGAGAGAAAAUUUUUGUAUUUAACGAAAAAUAAGUUCUGCUGUUUUUGAGAAAUAGUAUAAUUCUUAAAAUUGAAAAUUAAAUAAUUUAAUUUGAAAAAAAGGAUGAUAACUAAUCUUUAAAGACAAAAAUCAAUACAUCUCUAUUGCUUUUGGAAGUCAUCUGUGUGGUGUACUAUAUUAUCUACACACUUUUUCAAAUGAUUGGAUUGAGAAACAUGCAUGUUAAAUGCAAACCUUUUGUUAAUUCUUGCUUUGUGUCAGGAAUUUUUUUUUAUCAUCUCGUGUCACUUGUGCAGACCGGGGGUCUGAAAUGCAUGAAAUUACUUGUACAUGUAAAUUUUUCCAUGUAUGACCAUUACCAUUACUUUCAUUUUAGAAAGUAAUUAAUAAAAUCAUGAUUACUUUUCUAAA